AUGGCGAAGCGAGAACGCGAAGACUCUGCUGCCCAAGUCGCAGCCGCCUUCAAGCACGCGCGCGUGGCCGCAUAUCAAGCCGACGAAGAUGGGGACGACGCAGUGCAGGCAGCGUCGGCCGCUCCCCCGAGCAAGCUCAAGGGGGUUCGCUUCCCGGUCGAAAUCACGGUACUGCCACAUAUUUUGCGGCAGCUUGAAGACUUCCUGCUGACACCUGACGAAGCCAUGUAUGAGGCGGCAGCAAGUGGCCAAGUGGCCCGGGUGGAGGAGCUUUUGCACAGAUUUGACUGCAAGCUGCUGGACCCGUUCACACUUGCAGCGGGCAAUGGCCAUGUGGCAGUUGUUCAAGUGAUGCUACCCGAGUUGCUCAAGCCCCGGAGUGAGCCAGACCGUGACACGUGGGAAGCCAUACUCGACGGCUUCUUUGCUGCUGGGGAGAACGUGCACCUUGUUAUCCUGCUCGUGCUGCGGCCGUUCCUCACUAGAGCUAGGAAUCGCAAGAGGAAAUACGAGGCGUACGAAACAGCCACCCAUUUGUUGGAGAACGCAGCAGGCCAAGGCCAUCUCGGCAUCGUUCGGUUCAUGAUAACACACGCUACAUCGAUGUACGUGAACGGCAUGAAUGCAGAGGACGAGUCGUUGGCCCUCGAGAGAGCGAUCUCCGGCAAGCACAUGGACGUCGUGGAGUACCUGCUGAAUUUGGACGUGGCCGGGUUCCGUUUGGACUUCAGCGGCUCGUUCAGUGCCGCGCUCGACGCUGGGCUCUCGCCCAAGGCGUAA